UUUCUCAUCGGUGACAGUAUCGACAGGGGACGCUGGAUGUGAUCAGUUUCUGAUUGUACAGAUUAUGCACCUUUUGUUAUUGAAAAGGAUACGGCGACACUAAACCUUGACCUUUGUCGAAAGCCUUUGGCUGCUUAUGGCUCUGGGGAGACGUUGUCGUUGGGGCCACCGAAAUUCCUCCUCCACCGAUUACAGUAAUGUCACCGACGCCAUUCAUAAGUAUGUUUGUGAAUACUUAUCCAGUAAAGUGAUUGCCACAAGGACAGAAUGGCCUUAAACGUAAGAGGGAUUGCCAUCGCAACGUCCGUAUUGGGGGGAUUUAUACUCCUAAUCUUAAUCCGAUAUUUUUGCCUUCGUAGUGGACGGAACGGUAGUGCGCUAAGCAGACCACCGCAUAGACACAAUGAACUUCUUCGAUGGACUAAAGAUUUUCUUCAUAGCAUCGAGCAUUGUUGGAGCUAUCAUCCUAAUCGGUUGCUGUUGUAGCCUCCGCUGCCAACUUAACGGCGGAACAUGGAAUGACUCCGUUUCUGAGGCCUCCAACCCAGAGGUUGUCAAGCCUCCACCAACCUACGAAGAGGUGGUCGGGUCGAAUAACUUUCCCGUACGCCAGGAUGGGGCGGCUAGUAAUGGCUACACCAUGAACGUUGCUACGAUUGGAAACCUACAGAUGCAGGUACAACAGCCACCAUCCUACGACAGUUUAUCUGCAGUGACUACGGGACUGUCAGCACAACCAACCACGCCAGAAAACACGUCCAGCAAUCCGCCCAACCCUGCAGACAAUCAAACCGAGACACGAGCCGAACCCAGUGUUGCUGAAACCCCACAGCCAACGAGCGGUGCUCCGGACUCGCCGGACGGAAUCUGCGCUGUGACAAUGCCGCCAUCCUGCUCUGACCAAGUCCCAUUAGCUGAACAGGAACAGGGGUCCGCACUGCCAGUUUAGGAGAAAAGGAACAACUUUCGGAAGCCGAAGCAAACCUCUGACACGUGCACUCGCUCCCUCUAUAUAUAUAUAUAUAUAUUGGUAAAAACAUUUCUUCAACGCGAGUACGUACUGAAAACAUUUUACGGAGUCCACUCUUAUAUUCACCCGCUUAAGUAUUGGAGUAAAAACGUGUUCGAUUGGACUAUUCACAUGUGAAGACACUUUUCUUAAUAUUGUACAACCAUUCUUAGCCACGGAUGAACGUUCAAUGAGACAAUAGUAUCACAACUGUAUGGAAGUACAGCUGCAGCAGUUUGCCUGUUAUACUUCGCCCAUACUUAUAAAGUUUGAUGCUAACAAAUCCUAUCAAAACAACUGAGGCUCAAGCACCAACCAACCUCGACAGUCUCAUCCAUGGUUGUGACGACAAGGACGGUUUCGCUAACACAGGCUCUACAAAUUAAUAUAUAGCAUUCGGAUUCACAGGCAUUAAUUUCGUGUUAAAUUAUUUUUAGAUGUAAUUAUUGUACAUGUAUGAGCAAUUUAUUCUUAUCUAACCAGUAUUAUUAAUUUUUCAUCUGAUGUCGUGUCACAUUUUCCUGCCUGGUUAAAUUUUAUAACUUUCCCGGGGUAAAUUUGAUCACUCUUUGUUUUUGUAAUUAUGAUAUUAAGGUAAGCGAAUUUGGACGCUUUCUCAAAAUUACUGUAAAAUACUGAUAAUCGUUCGAUGAGGUGUAUUGGAUGUCGAUGGAUUGAUGACAUUGAUAAUGGCAGGAAGUCAUGUGACCUGACGUCAUCACGUUCUCCUCUGACACCUCCCUUGAAGGAACAACCUGAUUGCGCCCCUUAACGUAGGAUUGUCGUGAUAUUAUCAUUACUAGAACUAUUUUAAUUGAUUGAUUUGUUGAUUGAUUAUUUAUUUAUUUAUUUAUUUAUUUAUAACCUGGUAGGCUUAAUAUCGUUGACACUGAGUCAGUUCUGCGGACGUCAAAAUGAGUAAAGUGAUUUCGUUUAAAUGAACACAUGACUUUACUGUGAUAAAUUUCUAUUAGUGUUGUAUUUUAUGAUUUUGCUUCGUUUUGAUGUUUAUAAUUCAACGUCCGGCUCAGAUAUUAAGGACUGACUGACCGUCUCAAUAUUGUCACAACCUCCGCACUAAAGAGCACAGAUUGAGUGUCAUUGGUUGAAUGACUGACAGUCUUGAUAUUGUCACAACCUCCUCAAUAUAGAGCAUGGAUUGAGUGUCAUUGGUUGACUGACUGACCGUCUGAGGUUUUGCAACUGGCGGACUACGAACAUGUUUCUUUAUUUUAGUCGGCACCGAGAAUAGUAACCUAUAACCGGAUAUGUAUUGUAAGGGGACAUCAAAUAGAGGAGGUACUUCAUUAUGUUACACCAGGAAGGUUCCGCUCGUGGCAUUCAUCAAACUACAGUACAUGUACUAGUAUCUAUAAGGAUACGACGUCGGUAAUUUCAGGAAACUCCGAAAGGAGUUAACUUGAACUUUUUCUUGCUUAGUUCGAAGUCUCCCUAAGAUGGUCUUGACACACCGUAUGUAUAAAAUUCAAUAAACUAUUUUGAUAAAGGGUUUGUUGUUACGUUGAGCUAAUGACCCAUGUGCUCAGGUUGAAACCUUUCAGGUCAAGAUGCCGAGAGAGCUAGCUCCAGGCUACCCCAGUUUCGGCCAUACCCGUGAUGAUAAACAUAUUCUUGUCUCCAAGUAAACAUUCAAUCUAAUGUACAGUGCCUCUAUGGACUUUUCUGAGACAUCAUGUGUAAAGCAAAGCAGAUUACAGCCGUGCAGCGUGCUAGGUUGUGAUUAUGUCUUCAUGACGGGCACUUGAUUUAGAAGGCUUUAUGCUGAAUAGAUCCUUUUCUGGACGACUCGUAGAAGCUGAGAUGGUACAAAUGUAUGUCAAACUGGCUGCAUUGUAGAAAUGUUGUGAUAAUGUGGCUUCAUACGGCCAACUGAUGCGUGACCUAGGUUGUGACAAUGUCUUCAUGUCGACCGAGUCGUGGUGAUGACUACGAUUGUAACUUCGUUAUGUCUUUAAUUGCACUAGGUCAAAUAUACAGGUGGAAUAUCAAUAAAGAAACAUUCGUCAAUUAGAUUGCUGAUUGUGACCGUAGGAGUCCGACCCCU